CCCACCAAGUCAGCCGAGAGACCUCCGCCAUUGUCUCAUUGGAGCGCUCGUCUGAGGAGCCCAGCACAUGCCUCUCGGAUCUUCUCAGGUCUCCAUGCGUCCUUGUUCCUAGCGGAAGACCGGCGCGACCAUGACCAUCCAUGUCGAGGGGCUUGUGGCGAUCGCGGUCUUUUACCUCCUCAUCCUCUUUGUGGGCAUUUGGGCGGCAUGGAAGAACAAACACACCGGCGAGGCCGAGGGAACCGACCGCAGCGAAACCAUCAUGGUCGGAGGCAGAGACAUUGGAUUAUUCGUCGGCGGAUUUACCAUGACCGCAACUUGGGUUGGAGGAGGAUACAUUAAUGGCACUGCUGAGAAUGUUUAUCUGCCAGACUAUGGCUUGGCUUGGGCACAAGCCCCCUUUGGAUAUGCCCUCAGUCUUGUUGUCGGCGGAGACUUUUUUUUUGCCAAGCCCAUGCGCUCGAGAGGUUAUGUAACCAUGUUAGACCCGUUCCAGCAACUGUACGGCAAACGCAUGGGCGGCCUUCUCUUCAUACCCGCAUUAAUGGGGGAGAUCUUCUGGUCCGCCGCCAUCUUGUCGGCUCUUGGUGCCACUCUCAGCGUCAUCGUGGACAUCAACAUCAAAAUGUCAGUGGUUAUCUCGGCCCUCAUUGCCAUCUUUUAUACGCUGGUGGGUGGACUUUACUCAGUGGCUUACACUGAUGUUGUGCAGCUCUUCUGCAUCUUUGUCGGCCUGUGGAUCAGCGUGCCUUUUGCUCUGACCAACCCAGCCGUCUCAGACAUCAUGGUGACUGCAGUGAAGCAUGUCUACCAGUCGCCAUGGAGAGGCAGCGUCGACAAGAGCGACACCUGGGUCUGGAUUGACAAUUUUUGCCUCCUGAUGCUUGGAGGAAUUCCUUGGCAAGUGUAUUUCCAACGAGUCCUAUCUGCUUCCUCUGCUACCUACGCACAAGUCCUCUCCUUUAUUGCUGCUUUCGGAUGCCUCAUCAUGGCUGUCCCCUCGGUUCUUAUUGGAGCUAUCGGGGCCUCCACAGACUGGAACCAAACAACAUAUGGUGCCAUUCCUCCUAAAGAGAAGGAAGAGGCCGAUAUGAUUCUCCCCAUCGUUCUCCAACAUCUCUGCCCGCCAUUUGUGUCUUUUUUUGGCCUGGGCGCGGUGUCUGCUGCUGUCAUGUCAUCUGCCGACUCGUCCAUCCUGUCAGCGAGCUCCAUGUUUGCAAGGAAUAUCUACCAGCUGGCCUUCAGACAGUCGGCAUCGGAUCGCGAGAUUGUGUGGGUCAUGCGCGUCACCAUCUUUGUGUUCGGGGGUCUUGCCACGUUGAUGGCGCUGGUUACGGGCACAGUUUACGGACUGUGGUACCUCAGCUCAGACUUGGUUUAUGUCAUCAUCUUCCCCCAGCUCCUCAGCGUGCUCUUUGUCAAAGGCACCAACACAUAUGGCUCGGUAGCUGCUUACUUCUUUGGUAUGGUGCUGCGUGUAGGUGGAGGGGAACCCUACCUGCAUCUGCCCCCUUUCAUUUACUACCCCGGAUGGACCACGGAGCAGCGCAAGGACCACAUUACUGGACAAAUGGAGGAUGUUGUCGUUCAAAAGUUUCCUUUUAAGACAGUCUCUAUGCUCGCUUCAUUUCUGGGUAACGUUGCGUUUUCCUACCUGGCCAAGUACCUGUUUGAGAGUGGCAAGUUAUCUCAUAAAUACGACUUUCUCGACGCAGUUGUGUCCAAGCACAGUGGCGAGAUUAUGGAUAAGACAACGCUUGUGACCCGUGGCAACAAUAUCGCGCUGUCUGAGAUGGCGCCUGUCAAACCAAGGCUGAGCGUGACUUUGGCGGCCGCCUUCACGCGCCGCGACACACUGCCAACAGACACUGUGGAUGAGGAAGAGGAGGAGUCAAGCCCUGACUCCUCCCACCAUGACGAAGAAUGAAAAGAUCAGGAUGUCAUUUUUAGAGGAAUGCAACAGAACUGGUCCAGCUGCGAAACAAAAAGAAGACAAUGCGCAAACAUCCUCCCGGGGGACAAUGAGGUACAACACUGACUGGUGGUAGCUGGGAUACUAUGGUCAUUUCCAGAACAAUAUGUUCUCACAAAAUUAGUUUGUAACACACAUUCAAACGAAACUUUUAUUUCCAGCACCAUGAGAGUCACGACAUCAAAAUUAGCUUUGUGUACAUGCACCCCGCAGCACCAGUCCUGCUUCAAUAUACUGUACUCCACAAACAAAUGCAUAUACUAAUAUGCAUUCUUCAUUUUCUAUACCACUGGCACUGGAGUCUGUCCCAGCUGACUUUGGUCAAAGACAGACGACACCCAGGACUGGUCGCCAGUCAAUUACAGGGCACAUUUAUUGCUGACAGCCAUUUUCACUGACGCCAUCACAGAGUGGGAACUGGUUUGGCGAGUAAGCUACUACAUCAUCAGUGACCAUAUACUAAUAUAUUGUUAACAAUUAAUUGCAAUGAGCCAGAAAAUAAACAUUAGAAGUCGGUAGCAAUAUAAAGUUAUUUGAAUAAUAUUUAUUUCUAAAAAAUAUAUUUUUGUUGAAUAACCCAUAUUAUCCUUUUUUUUUAUUGUGACAAAUUAAAGUGCAUUACUUUCUGUAUGAAACCCUGCUAGUGUAAGAAAACGCUCAUCAGGAAAGGUAGCGUAGCAGCUUAUUGAUUGCACAUGAAGUUGUCUUUCUGUGAAGUACUGUAUAUCAUAAACACUCUCACAAACUCUCAUAUACGGUGGAUGUGAAGUAAUAUCAGCAUCUGUUUGAAAAAGAUACUCCGUUUCAUUAUCAUUUUGUCUCAUGUGUCAACAAUCAGACAAUAUUAAACUGCACAAGUAGAAAGAAGACAUGAAGCAGUUUUAGAGCACAACUUUAGUUUGCAAGUAAAAACACUUGACACCUGUAAACCUGGUGAAGUCAAAGAAGAUGUGACGUGAGAGGAACCUAUGCCGUAUCCCUAACCAGUUAUCUGAUGUUAUGUGUAGGUAAUAUAUUCAGAUUUAUAUUGGGAACACAGCAUGAGGAGCACCGUCAGUAUUUUUGUCCAAGAUGACUUUGAAGGGGAUCCUUGAGACAUUGCGUCUUCUCAGCCAUGCUCCCAAUCAUUAUAUUGAGAUUACUGGAUAUAUUGAUAUCAAAUGUAAAUCAUCACAUUAAAAAGAUUAUGAUUACAUAAAUGAAAUAUAUCAAACGUAUUAACUUGCUCCGACAAACUGAUUUUGUUACUGAUUAUUGAUAUAAGAAAACAAAAUAUCUAAUGACUGUGAAUCAACAGGCAACUCAUCCAUCAAGCUCAAUAGAACCUAUACAAGCAAUAGUGACAAUAGUUGACUUAAACCAUUACAGUAGCUCUCUUAGAGAAGCGGACUUCACCUGAAGCAUCAAUGUAAAUAACACUGUUAUUCUGCUGCCUUAAUGUAAAUCAUGUGAACAGAUAUCUGAAUUUCCACAGAACUGACUGUACUCUGGUCAAACUGCAAUGAAAAAAAAAAAGAUGAAUGUAAUCUCAAAUCAUCUCAUUAUAUCAAAAAUGUAAUUUGCUGUUUGUGUUGGGUAUUUUUUCGCAAGUCAAAUUGUCGCAGAAUAGUAUGUCCGCCAUUUUUUAAAUUAUGAAUCUGUAACGUGUGUGUUGUUGAUGGCCAUGUACAGCUUAUUUUCUCUGUGAUGUCUAUGUUUAUAUAAAAAUGGGGAGAAAGGCAUAGAAAUAACAAAUUGCUGAUUAAUAUUUAUCAUGUAAGAAGGAAGGAUGUUAUCUAAAUGUUGAUUUAUUUUUGAUGUCAUAGAUGUAACAAUAAAAAAAUGUAAGAUUAUAAUGUAGAAAAACAGUACAUAAAAUCUACUUUGGUAUAGUAAA